AUGGCUUUCAUUUGGCAUAGUGCAUUGCUUUUGAGCUUAGCUGCAAUCAUUUCAGUGAAUGCAGAUGUCAAGCUGGACUGUAGGCCUGACUUUGUGUCGCUAGUGUGGACAGAAAGACACCAUGCUGACACAUCACUUUUCCGUUUGGGAAACUGUGUUCCCACCAGCUCGUCUGCCCGUGAGGCAAAUUUCAGAGUGGAGUAUACAGACUGUAAUUUCAGGACAAUGGUCACCGGGAACCAGGUAGUGCACACCAAUGACCUGACCUACUUGUCGCCUGGCUCUCAAGUGGAAACCUAUGUCCACCAUGUUGUUUGCAUAUUUAGCAGGCCAAAAGACUGGUCCCCAGUCAGCUACGACCCUGUGUUUUCAACCUAUGGACAGUCUGAUCUGGUGUUUCAUAUGGCACUUAUGAAUGAGGACUUCUCUGGCCCAGCUGAAUCGACUCGUUUUGCUCUUGGUUCGUUCAUUCCAAUCUUGGCUCGUGUGGAAGACAAUACCCAUCAGCCAUUGCUUCUGUUGAUGGAUGAGUGCAUAGCGACCACUACACCAGAAAGACAGCAUGACCAGUUUUACAACAUUAUCGGCAAUAAUGGAUGUCUUCUGGACAGCAAGACGUCUCGUUCCAAAUUUGAACAAAGGGAGAUAUCAUCUGAAAUGAGACUAUAUCUUCAAGCGUUUAGAUUUGCUCUUGAAGAAGAGGUAUUUAUUCACUGCAAACUUGUUGCUUGGGAUCCAUCUGGUAUUGACACCACAAAGAAGGCGUGCCACUUUGUCAAGGGGCAUGGUUGGGAGUUGGUGGACAACCCUGCUCAUAACAAGUUGUGUGACUGCUGUGAAACCAGUUGCAAAUCCAGGUGGUCAAGGAGUGUCACUUUAGGGAAACAUGGAAUCUUCCAAAACGCAGUCCUUGGACCCCUGACUAUAACUGAGGUUGGAGCCUGA